AUAUGUCAACAUGAAAGUCUACAUCAAUGCUUCAGGACCUGCCUUUGUCAGCGUGGUUCCAAAAAAAGAAGAUCAACCAGAGGCGAAGAGCCUCAUUGUGAUACCCGGACCCAGCGGCCAUUACUACAAGGGUGUCUGGAAGGCACAAGGCAGCCCCACAGUUCGCCAGUUUGACAACCCUGCCACCACCAGAGAGUGUCUGAAGGCCAAGAAACUCCACCUUUACGGGGACUCCACUAUCAGGCAGUGGUUUGAAUUCUUCAGCGAGAAAAUACCAGGUCUGUUCAACCUUCACGUGGAUGUGAAAGUUGGCCCCCAGAUGGCCGUGGACCAUGCGGACAAUAUCCUGAUGACGUGGCGCUGCCACGGCCCCCCUCUCAAAUUCACCACGGUCCCGGUCAGCGAGCUGCGCUACAUCGCCAACGAACUCGAUGACUUGAUUGGAGGCGCAUACACUGUUGUGGUUAUUAGCAUCUGGUCACACUUCGACUUGUUACCAAUAGAGCUUUACAUCCGGAGGCUGAUGAGCAUCCGCAGUGCGAUGCAGCGGCUGCUGGACCGCGCCCCGAACACCGUGGUCAUCAUACGGAGCGGACACCCCAGAGAUAUGACCCUUUAUGUGUUGCAAUUAAACAGCGACUGGUACUCCAUGCAGAUUGAUCGUGUGCUCAGAUCCGUGUUCAAAGGACUGAAUGUUCACUGGGUCGAUGCCUGGGAGAUGGUUCUUGCCCAUGACUUGGGUCACAACAUCCACCCGCUAACUCCCAUUAUUAAGAAUAUGGUGGACGUUCUGUUGACCCACGUAUGCCCCAUAAAGGGUUGA